AAUAUGUCACAAUUGUUUUCAAAUUUUGUUUACACUGUUUUAUAAAAAUAUAAUGUCUUGGUUUUUCCAAUAAAUAUCAAAGGCGAACUUACUACUGGAUGUUAUAAUUAUGAUGUCUGAUAUGGAAACUUCCAUAAGAGGAUUUUCAUUUAUGCCGGGAACGGAGGUCAAAAUUAAAGGUUUAGAUUUACAGUACGUAGAAGACAGCGAGCUAGAAAGAGCUUGGAGAUCGAGCCGACGUGAACGCGUAAAGCAGCAAGAAGAAAAGAUAUGGAAUGAUUUUAUUGAAGAGCAGGAUAUCGUGCGGACUGUUUAUGAAAGUGAUCCAUAUCAAUUUAUUGAACAACUAUCAGAAUCCUGUUUGAAUGAACUUUUGCAGAAUCAUUUAAAUAAAGUACAACAGAAAGAAAAGCAAACGGAAGAAGAAGCUAAUGUAAAAGAUGAAGAAACUCCAUCACCCGGUGAAGAAAGUCCUGUAUCAACGGAGAGCACAGAGCAGGAAAGGUGUGAUGAUGAAAACAUCUUUCACCUAUUUCAUGAAGAUAAAGAUGAUGAAGGAUAUUCAGGUUUGAAAUGUAAUGAAGAUGUAUUAAAUGAUUCUGCAGCUAGUCCAUUGUGCACUGUGAGAGAGAAACAAGAAGAAAUUGAAGAACAGCCGGUACAAAUAGUAGAAACUAAACCCGUAAAUAAAGGAAGUACACCAGAAAAAGAUUCAUGUAACUCACCAACUCCUCAUUCAACAAACAUAAACAGUGUGCUAGAGAACAGUAUAUACUGCGCCAAAGUUAAAGAUCUACGCGUCAGGAUCUCUGAAGAAAUACUCAGCAUUAUUACGUCACUAGAACGUCUUGACAUAUACAAUAUAGAUCCGGACGAGUUGAGGAAGAUGCAAAAGAGGUCUUCGGAGUUCACCUCCAGGUUCAGUCGCAUACAUGUGUACCAGCUGCAGAGGCAGAUCCACGACCUGAAGAGAACGAGCAGUUCCCAGCUGCCGUACGGCCAGCACACGCAGCUGCAAGCGCACAUGCUGCGGAUUGUCUCCAUGCAUCAGAACUUACUGCAGGCUUACUGUGGGUUUCAUAAAUCGUUCUCCCAAACGAUGUGCAUCGGAGAUGGUUGCCAGCCGGGGCUGGUGCUGAGCCAGCUGGUGCGCGAGGUGCCGCCGCCGGCGCAGCACGCCAUCAGGCAUCUCUACGCUGACAACUUGUUGGUGACCUGUGACAAGCUGGAUGAGGCGCUCGCUAAACACAAUCAGAGGACUGCUGACAUCAUCAAGAGCAUUGAAGAAGAAAGAAAUGAAAAUAAAUCGCAUAGAGCUAAAGGAAAGAAGGUACCUGGUGUAAAGACUUCGUCCAGAGCCGAUGGUAAACUUUCAAUGUAUUCUCUCGAUACGUUACGUAUUAACUUGAAGCCGAAGACAUCUUCAACGAAAAAUAGUUUGUCAAGUGCGAACAAAUUGACGAGCACUGCGAGUAAAACCAGUCAUAAGCAAGCGCCGAAGAAAGCAACUUCACCUAAAGUUAAAAGGAAGUCUCCUAUCAAGGUGCGGCCACGACGCGAUGAUUCUGAUGUCCGUACUAUGGUGGAAGCUGUCACUGCGAGUCAUGUGAGCCUGGUACCAAGCGCGCUUCCUUCCCCAACUAAAGUGCAAACAUCGCGGAAAGUGCCCACGCCGCGACAGAAACGGGUAGAAGCUUCUAGAAAGAACCAGAAGGUGAAGAAACCCGUCGCUGAGGUGAUCAAGAAAACGGAAUCUUCUAGAAGAGAACCUAGUGAAUCUCCUAAAGUGUUGAGGAGUAGAGCAGUAUCUCCGGUUAUUUCGACUCGGGAAGAACCCGAUACUAGUAGGCAUGAAAAGAAAUACAAGAUUCCGGACGCCGAGCUCGCUAGUGCAGAAGUCAGCCGGUUGCUGAGGGAAUUAUGUGGUGACACAUCCGGAAACAAAAAUGAACGCGUUUCUGGUGCGAAGAAUGCACAACUUCAUUGCGUCAGAACUAGCAGUCCACGUCAACAUACCACACCACAGCUUCUGAGGAUUUUAGAAGAAACUAUCCAAAAGAAGUCACCAAGAUCGAUGAAUGUGAGAUUGUCAACGAUAAAGGACAAGGAGGCGGAGAAGUACCGUAUGUCGUUUAACAUAUCUGGGAAGACAGUAGACAAUCUUUUCCAGUACAGAACAAAAUAUGUCCAGCACAUGCUGACCAGUGCUAUGUAUGCCAACAGUGCGGUGGAGAAACCUUGGGAAAUGGUCAAUAGUGUAUCGGAUCAAAUCGUCGACGAACUACUACUGAAGUGUGCGAAGGAGAUGGAGCUACGUCCGAUCAUACAACGCUUAUAUCAGAACGAGACAAAAGGAUAAAUAAUAAACAUUUGGACGGUGGAAUUUUUAUCUCAAUGUUUGAAUAAAAUAUUUGAUCUGUACAAUUAUUUAA